AAGUUUGAAACAAAAAGAACAUAAUCAUCAUCAUCAUUAUGAUCAUAAUCAUAGUAUGAAAGAAAUUGGGUUGGAAGAGAAGAGAGCUUUGUGUUGUGUUUUAAAGUAAUUUGUUGGAACUGAGAAGAAGAAGAGGAACAGAAUUUGUUUGGUGAAACGUCUGCUUUCAAAGUUCAAAGCUUCAACAUCAUCAAUCUUUGACUCUCACCUCUCUCUCUGGAGGAGAGGAGCACCAAGGGCAUUGGUUUAGACUUUGAUGGCCGGUUUAGAUGAAAAUGUUGCAAUAAUUGGAGAUUGGGUGCCUCCUAGUCCAAGCCCAAGAGCAUUAUUCUCUGCAGUUUUAGGUGGUGAUGAUAUUUCAUCAUCUAAACCACUCUCUAACAAAUCAGAGGACCUAUUUCUAGGAGGACCUCCAAAACCCUUUGAUGGAAAAGAGUUGGCCCAACAAAUCCCGCCUUCUGGGAAGAACCAGUUGGCAGAAAUGGUUGGAGCAUUUUCUGAACAUAAAUCCAACUCCCGUGGAGGUGGAGGACUCGGCGAAAGGAUUGCAGCCCGAGCUGGAUUCAAUGCUCCGAGGCUGAAUACUGAAAGCAUUCGAUCGCCCGACCUUUCAGCGCCUGCUGACACUCGGUCUUCUAUACUCGCAUUAUCACCUGGUCUCAGUCCAACUACACUCCUGGAUUCUCCCGUGUUCCUUUCAAAUUUGCUGGCACAACCAUCUCCAACAACUGGAAAAUUUUCAUUCGUCUCAAAUGGCAAUAGCACGACUUCAACAUUGAUGUUGGAGGCUCACGACAAACCUAACGAUGACUUCUUCGAGGACGCAAACGCCUUAUCUUUUGCUUUCAAGCCUGUUACAAAUUCCAACUCUGCAUUCUUUCUUGGUGCAGCAACCAAAAUGACUUCAACCACCCUCCGUCAGCAAUCUUUUCCUAGCGUUGAGGUGUCGGUGCAGUCAGAUAGUUCUGCUCAAAUUCUGGAACCAACCGGCAUUGAAAAUGAGAAUAAAAACAAACUCCAUCUCCAGGCAGACUUUUGCCUUUCAUGUGUUGAAAAAGACAAUGGCACUAAUACCAUCUCAGCCGAUCAAAGGGCAUUCGAUGAUGUUGGUGGCAGUGUGGAACAUUCUCCGCCGCAUGACGAGCAACUGGACGAAGAAGGAAAUUCGAAAGGAAGUGGAGAUGGCACAGCCGAAGGUGGUGGGGGCACAGUAUCUGAAGAUGGAUAUAAUUGGAGGAAAUAUGGACAAAAACAAGUAAAGGGUAGUGAGUAUCCACGAAGUUAUUAUAAGUGCACGCAUCUGAAUUGUCAGGUUAAGAAAAAAGUUGAAAGAUCUCAUGAGGGCCACAUAACAGAGAUUAUCUACAAGGGGUCCCAUAACCAUCCCAAACCUACAAAUCGAAGAUCUUCUGUUGGGUCAUCUCACCCGCUGAUUGAUAUUCAAAUAGACAUUCCCGAGCAAGUUGGGUUGCAAAGUAGUGGUGAUGGCGACCCAGUUUGGGCAAGUGCACAAAAAGGUAGUGUUGAUUGGAGGCAUGACAACCUUGAGGUGACCUCAUCGGCCUCGGUGGGUCCCGAGUUCUGCAACCAAUCCACCUCUUUGCAAGCUCAAAAUGGUGCUCAGCUCGAAUCAGGUGAUGCAGUGGACGCCUCAUCUACUUUCUCUAAUGAUGAAGAUGAAGAUGAUAGGGGGACACAUGGCAGCGUAUCAUUGGGUCAUGAUGGUGAAGAAGAUGAAUCCGAGUCGAAAAGAAGGAAAAUUGAGGCGCAUGUAACAGAAAUGAGUGGAGCCACCAGAGCUAUUCGAGAGCCCCGGGUUGUGGUCCAGACGACCAGUGAAGUAGAUAUCCUUGAUGACGGAUAUCGUUGGCGCAAGUAUGGGCAGAAAGUAGUGAAAGGAAAUCCAAAUCCAAGGAGCUACUACAAGUGUACUAAUGCUGGCUGCACAGUGAGGAAGCAUGUGGAGAGAGCGUCACAUGACCUGAAGUCGGUGAUCACCACGUACGAGGGGAAGCACAAUCACGAUGUUCCCGCUGCUCGAAAUAGCAGUCAUAUAAACUCUGGACCAUCCAACAACGCAACUGGUCAAGCUUCCGCUGCGGGCAUAAAUGUUCACCGGCCUGAGCCAUUGCAAGGUCACAACGGCAUGGCAAGAUUCGAAAGGCCUGCAGCAGGGGCACUCGGUUCAUUUGGCCUAUCAGCAGCUUCAAGGCAGCAUUUGGUGCCUCCCCAUGGCUUCUCUUUCGGAAUGAACCAACCGGGGCUGGCCAAUCUGGCAAUGGCUGGCAUUGGCCCCGUCCAAGCCAAGUUUCCUGUCCUGCCCAUUCAUCCUUACAUGGCGCAACAACGCCAGGGGAACGAGAUAGGUUUCAUGUUGCCCAAAGGAGAACCCAAGGCGGAGCCUAUUUCCGAUCCCAACAUCAAUCUGUCUAAUAGCUCAAUGUAUCAGCAAAUUAUGAGUAGGCUUCCCCUUGGACCUCAGAUGUAAAACUUCUUCAUCUUCACAGGGAAAAGUAGAAGUUCUUCACUGUAAUAUUAAAAGUAUAAUAUCUAUAUAAUGAUAU